AUGGUGACCUCGACCCCUGAGAUCCCGAUCCCCCAACCCUCGCCUCACUGGCUCCUGGGCAAUAUCCCCGACAUCGACUCGAGUCAGGCUAUGCUCUCCACCAUGAAACUGGCCAAGCUCUACGGACCGAUCGUGCGGACGGACAUCAACGGGGUGAGGUACAUCCGUAUCGGGUCGCAAGCCUUGGCGCAUGAGAUCUGUGACGAUGAGAGGUUUGAGAAGAACGUCGAAACCAACCUCCGUUUCCGCUCCCAAAAGCAAUACGACGAACACAUCCACUUCUGCUGGAAACUCUGUGAUGAGAUCGUCGCAGAUCGCAAAGCCCACCCCAAGGACGUCAACGACCUGCUAAACGUCACGCUCCAGUCCUCCGACCCGGACACAGGCGAGAAGACGCGCGAUGAAUUGAUCCGGUUCGAAAUGAUGACUUUCCUGCUCGCGGGCCACGAUACCACCAGCGGAUUACUGAACUUUGCUUUCCUGCUCAUGCUCAAGAAUCCAAGGACGCUGGAGCGGACGCAGAAGGAGGUCGAUGGGGUGUUGGGGGAUGGAGCGGUGGAGGUCAGACAUUAUGCUAAGCUACCUUAUAUCGAAGCCGUGUUGCGGGAGAAGUUGCGAUUGUAUCCCACCGCACCUUCGAUUACGAGGAUGUCGAAGGGGAAGGAGGAUACGUUCAUUGGUGGCGGCAAAUAUCGGAUUCAUGCGGAAGAUGCGCUGGUGAUUUACCGGUUGUGCAGCGGGAUCCGAAGGUAUGGGGGGAGGAUGCGGAGGAGUUCAGGCCGGAGAGAAUGUUGGGGCCGGAGGGGUUCGAUGCGAAGCCGCCGGAUUCGUGGAAGCCGUUUGGGAGUUCUUUCCGGAUGUGUAUUGGAAGGAGUCUGGCUUGGUAUGAUCUCGAAUGCAUCUACCUAUAUACUGGUGGCCGGGGUUUGUGCUGAUGAAGGCGAUGGGACCUUACUGCAAGGCGUUCGCUACGCUGUCCUCGGAGUUGGGAAUUCGGACUGGGUCUCCACCUUCCAUCGCCAACCGAAACUCAUCGACUCCCUUAUGGAAGCAAUGGGUGCCAUCAAGAUCAUCCCCACCGUGCUCGGUGACGUGUCGAGAGAUAUUUGUGGCGCUUACGAUGAAUUUACAGAUACUCUCUGGAAAGCACUGGACUCGGACGCAGAUGCAGCAGCAGCCGCAGCAGGAUUGAAGCUCGAGUUGACACUUGAUAGGCUUGAGCUGCUGGGGGAAAAGGAGAUGAGUCUGGGGACUGUGAAGCAGCAUUUGCAGCUCGCUGAUACGAGUGUUGGACCGGAGAAGAGACUGAUGGAGGUCGAGCUACCUGGGGAGGCCUCGUAUGUAUGUGGCGACUAUCUGGUCGUGCUGCCGACGAACCACAGCGAGGAUGUGAAGCGUGUCCUUUUGCGCUUCGGCCUGCCGACGGAUGCGAUGGUGAAGAUGUCGAACACGCACAAGACCUUCCAGCCGAGCGAUCGAGCAGAGUACGCUUUCAGUCUCGUGGCGGCGUACCUGGAGAUCGGCACACCGAUCUCACGCAAACAGCUCAGUAUUCUGGCUGCCGCCACAACGGAUACGAGCCAGCAAGAGGAGAUUCAAAGCUUCGCUGCUGAAGAUGUGUACGAAGAGAGCAUAUUGGCCAAGCGAGCCUCCAUCAUCGACAUCCUGGAAAAGUACCCAGCGUGCAAGAUAACGUUCGCAGAAUACGUCGAUAUGCUGCAGCCAAUGCUCCCGCGACAGUACUCGAUCGCCUCCUCGCCUCUAGCCUCCCCGCCAGGCCACGCAACCAUCCUCUACGAUGUCCUCAGCAGCCCAUCUCACUUUGACUCGAAGCGCCCCUUCCACGGCACAGGCAGCACAUAUCUCUCCAGCAUCCCCGUCAGCGGCAAAGUCCACUGCUACGUCCGAUCGACAAACGCCAACUUCCGGCUCCCGUUGACCCAGUCAACACCCAUGAUCAUGGUCUGUGCCGGCACGGGCUUCGCUCCCAUGCGCGGCUUCGUUGAAGAACGCGCUGCCAUUAUCGAAGCACAGAAGAUCACUCCGGGCAAAGCACUCCUGUAUUUCGAGUGCCGCGACCGGGAGAAGGACUUCCUCUGCCGUUCCGAGCUCGAGGCCUGGGAGGAGCAAGGCAUUGUGGAGCUUCGUCCGACAUUCUCCAAAGCUGGAUCGGCGGGGAUCGGGUACAAGUACGUCCCCGAUCGCUUAUGGGCGGAGCGAGAGGAGAUUGUGGAGCUCUUCCGAGCAGGCGCCAAGGUGUUCUUGUGUGGGAGUGCAUCGAAGCUUGCUAGGAGUACUAACGAGGUGUUUGAGAAGAUCGUCAGGGAAGCUAAAGGCUGCGGGCUUCAUGAGGCGAAGGCGUUCCUGGACACGAUCAAGCAGGAUCGAUAUGUCACUGAUAUCUUUGGCUGA